AUGCCGAGCGAUGCAUCCCCAGCGCCCUUGACCCAGCCAUCACACCGCGUGAAAUAUAUCACCUUCUCUGCGGCCAAUCCCAUCGCAAUUCACCUUCUCGAGGGUGUUUUGCAUUCCAGCUCGGCGCCUCAGACCCUUAUAGGCGACAAGAAGAGCAUCGGAUAUCACCUACAGAUACCCUCACUGUCCGACCAUCAUGACACUGGCGACCCGACCUGGCAAGUUGGCGCCGGCUCGAUCGUGAAGGGGGCACCACGUCGUGAGCCCGAAAUAUUACUUUGUCAUCCAGAGGAAAGUCUUGGCUCUGACACAGCGCGCAAGUCCAUUAGCCCCAUCCACGCCUCUUUAUGCUUUGUCGAAUCAGGUGCGCUCGUCCUGCAAACACACUGCGAUGAAAGGCCCAUCAUAUACGAGCAAGGCGGUAUAUAUAAUACAGAUGUCGAGUUGCGGGCAAAGGGUAGAGAGAAAUGUGUCAUGCAACACACCCAAAACUUUCUUCGUUUUGGUGACUAUCGCUUUGUUCUCGAAUUCGUCACCAAAGACGCAGGCCAAGUCAAUAGCCAAGCACAAUCCAGCAAUCUUGGGAAUGGCAGCCAUAGUCUUUACUACCCGAUACAUUACGUGACCUCUUACAACAUCUGGCUCCACCCAAAACAGCAUACAUCAAGGACCUCUGGUGUCAAUAUUUACACGGGAGAGCCGGUUGCGGUAUCAACAGUACAACAUGAUGAAAUGUCGAAAAAAGCACGCAACCUACUUCGGAUGGCCUGUCAAUAUUUUCAUAAACCACACAAAGGCGUGCUUGGCGUCAUUGAUGUGUGGUGUGACCACCAGCGUCUGGGUCUCUCGUUUGUCAGCGGGCAGAUGAAAUCCCUUGAUUGCUGUGUCCAGAUAUCCUGCUCUACUCCUCUUGCCAAGUACAAUUUUCGAAGCAUGCGAUGGGCAGAUGUUGAAUAUCAGCAACGCCUAUUGUAUUUUUAUCAGACCCUCAUAGGAUUAGCGGAAUUGCAUCAGCAAAUUUUGGUGCAAGAUGCGAAAGAUGCAACACCAGGCAAGAAUCAUCCUCCGCUUAUACGCGCAUUUCUUUCUCUCCCUAUUGAGCCACUAGAGAAGCACUCGACGAGUGUUUGCACCGCCCCAGAGAUGUUGACUACAGGGACGGACAAGGCAGACAAGUUCAAAGCGGAUGUCUGGGCACUUGCCGCAUCAUGGCUCUUUGCUUUUAUAAGGGUGCCAGAGAAUGUACAGAUGGAUCAUCAGGCUUACCGUAUAUUACGGCUUAGCGUGGAAUCUCAAGCCAGCAAGGGAAACAUUCAGGAGCCCUUUUUAGGUCUUUUGCACCAAAUGCUGGCUUGGACACCGCAAGAUCGACCAAGCAUAGUUGAAGUUCUCGAGCACGAAGUGUGGCAGCCCUUUAAAGAGGACAGAAAACGAAAGCGCCUGGAGGGGGUACAAGAUGCUAGUGUUGGGUCAAAGAGAGCUAAAAAGUACACUAAGUGUGGUAGUAGCCCAUGGAUGCUAUAG